GUCACAUAUACUGCACUGUUUCCUGAAGACAUUCCAUCAAACAAAGUUAUUCUCAAAAUCAGUGCUAAAGAUGCUGACAUCGGGUCCAAUGGUGAAAUUCGCUAUUCUCUCUAUGGUACUGGGAACAAUAAAUUUUUCUUAGAUCCAGAAAAUGGUGAACUGAAAUCUCUGGCCCCUCUCGACCGAGAAAAGAUCCCAGCGUACAACUUGAUUGCCCGAGCUACAGAUGGUGGUGGCCGGUUUUGCCAAUCAGAAAUUCAUCUUAUUUUAGAAGACGUUAAUGAUAAUCCACCAGUGUUCUCAUCUGAUCACUACACCGCAUGUGUCUAUGAGAAUACUGCCACUAAAGCUUUGUUAACAAGAGUCCAAGCUACUGAUCCUGAUGUUGGUGUGAACAGAAAAGUCACUUAUUCCCUGGCAGACUCUGCAGAUGGUUACUUCUCAGUUGACCGAUCAUCGGGAAUCAUUAUUUUGGAGCAGCCGCUUGAUAGAGAGCUUCAGUCUUCCUACAACAUCAGUGUAAAGGCCUCAGAUCAGAGCAUUGUGCUGACCUUGUCCUCGUUUGCCACCGUUACCAUUACAGUGCUAGACAUAAAUGACAACCCUCCUGUGUUUGAAAGAAGAGAUUAUCUUGUUACAGUUCCUGAAGACACCUCACCUGGCACGGAGGUCCUUUCUGUUUUUGCUACAAGCCAAGACAUUGGUACUAAUGCUGAGAUUACAUAUCACAUCAGAUCAGGGAAUGAGAAAGGGAAGUUCAGGAUUAACUCAAAAACAGUGGAUUCCCUUAUUCUCAUAACAUUCAGGAUGACCAGUACAAGUCUGCCACCAGAGCUUCAGAGCAAAACAAUCUUGGUUUUGAAAGCUGAAGGAGCGAUUUCCAUUUUUGAAGCUUUGGAUUAUGAAUUGUGUAAGGAUUUCUACUUAGUAGUGGAAGCAAAAGAUGGAGGUACUCCAGCCCUGAGCGCCGUCACGACUGUGAACGUAAACGUGACAGAUGUUAAUGACAAUGCACCGAAAUUCAGCCAGGUGGUCUACAGCGCAGUCAUCAGCGAGGAUGCUGCCAUCGGUGAUUCGGUGAUCAUGUUGAUAGCAGAAGAUCUGGACAGUCCUUCCAAUGGCCAGAUUCAUUUUUCCAUAGUGAAUGGGGAUCGAGACAAUGAAUUUUCAGUUGAUCCUGUUUUGGGACUCGUGAAGGUUAAAAAGAAAUUGGAUCGAGAAAGGAUAUCUGGUUAUUCAUUAGUUAUCCAAGCAAGAGAUAGCGGCACUCCUCCUUUGUCUUCAUCUGUGACGGUCAAUGUGGACAUUUCCGAUGUGAACGAUAAUAGCCCUGUGUUUACUCCAGCUAACUAUACAGCUGUGAUUCAGGAAAAUAAACCAGUGGGCACAAGCAUUUUGCAGCUGGUAGUGACAGACAAAGACUCUUUUCACAAUGGCCCCCCUUUUACCUUCACCAUCCUCACUGGCAAUGAAGAGGAGGAGUUUACGCUGGACCCUCACGGCAUCUUGAGAUCUGCAGUCAUCUUCAAGCACAUGGUGGCAACUGAAUAUGUGCUCUGUGUGCAGGCAAAGGACUCUGGGAAGCCUCAGCAGGUUUCCCACACUUACAUUCAGGUGAGGGUUAUUGAAGAGAGCAUUCAUAAACCGACUGCCAUUCCAUUGGAGAUUUUCAUUGUCACCAUGGAAGAUGAUUUUCCUGGGGGAGUCAUUGGGAAAAUUCAUGCCACAGAUCAGGAUGUGUACGAUGUCCUCACAUAUACACUGAAAUCAGAGCAGAAAAGUUUGUUCAAGGUCAACAGCCAUGAUGGGAAGAUCAUUGCCCUUGGAGGGCUCGAUAACGGCAAGUAUGUCCUGAAUGUCUCUGUCAGUGAUGGCCGGUUCCAGGUACCCAUCGAUGUUGUGGUUCACGUUGAACAAUUGCUACAAGAAAUGCUGCAGAACACAGUCACCAUCCGUUUUGAGAAUGUUUCCCCUGAAGACUUUGUGGGCCUUCACAUGCACGGGUUCAGGCGUACCUUGCGAAACGCAGUGCUGUCCCAAAAACAAGACAGCCUGCACAUCAUCAGUAUUCAGCCAGUGGCAGGCAGCAAUCAGCUUGACAUGCUCUUUGCAGUUCAGAUGCACAACGGUGGUUUCUAUAAGCCUGCCUAUUUGAUUCAGAAGCUUACCAAUGCAAGGAGACACUUGGAAAAUGUGAUUCGUAUUUCUGCUAUCUUGGAGAAGAAUUGCUCUGGACUGGCUUGUCAGGAACAACACUGUGAGCAAAGUCUGUCUAUUGAUUCACAUUCCCUGAUGACCUAUAGCACGGCACGAAUUAGUUUUGUGUGCCCCCGCUUUUACAGGAAUGUGCGCUGCAUGUGCAAUGGAGGACUCUGCCCAGGGUCUAACGAUCCCUGUCUGGAGAAGCCAUGUCCAGGGGACAUGCAGUGUGUGGGGUAUGAAGCUAACCGGAGACCAUUCAUCUGUCAGUGCCCACCAGGAAAGCUUGGCGAGUGCUCAGGUGCAUGUCACAGCGGCCAUACUUCCCUUAGCUUUGCUGGGAAUAGCUACAUUAAAUACCGUGUUUCUGAAAACAGCAAGAAAGAGGAAUUCAAGUUGGCUCUCCGUCUGCGAACCCUGCAAAGCAAUGGGAUUAUAAUGUACACCAGAGCAAAUCCCUGUAUAAUUCUGAAGGCAAUUGGAGUAAAAGCAGAUGCAGGUCGAUGUCCGCCUUUAUUUUCCUUUGAAAAGACUGCAUAUGCCAAAAAUGGUAUCACCAUUUCCUUUUUCCUGUGUAGCAUCUACCUGGGAAAAAUUGUCGAUGGCAAACUCUGGUUCCAGCUGGACUGCGGAAGUGGCCCGGGAAUCCUGGGAAUUUCUGGCAGGACCGUCAAUGAUGGAAGCUGGCAUUCGGUCUUCCUGGAGCUGAAUCGCAAUUUCACGAGCCUGUCCCUGGACGACAGCUAUGUAGAGCGCCGCAAAGCCCCCCUCUACUUCCAGACCCUCAGCACGGAUAGCUCCGUCUACUUCGGCGCCCAGGUCCAAGUGGACAAUGUCCGCAGCCUGACCGACAAAAGGACAACGCAGGUCUUGAGUGGCUUUCAGGGCUGCCUGGAUUCAGUUGUCCUAAAUAACAACGAGCUGCCGCUCCAAAACAAGCGCAGCAGCUUUGCAGAAGUGGUUGGCCUGACUGAAUUAAAGCUUGGCUGCGUGCUCUACCCGGAUGCCUGCGAGAGGCAGCCCUGCCAGAACGGCGGCACCUGUACCAGCGUGCCAUCUGGUGGAUACCAGUGCAGUUGCCUCUCCCAGUUUACAGGAAGGAAUUGUGAGUCAGAGAUCACAGCCUGCUUCCCAAAUCCCUGCCGGAACGGAGGCUCUUGCGAUCCCAUUGGCAAUGCUUUCAUCUGCAACUGUAAAAAUGGCCUGACGGGAGUAACGUGUGAAGAAGACAUCAAUGAGUGUGAGAGAGAAGAAUGUGAAAAUGGUGGCUCCUGUGUCAACAUAUUUGGUUCAUUUCUGUGUAACUGCACCCCUGGCUAUGUGGGGCAAUACUGUGGUCUUCGCCCCGUGGUCGUUCCCAAUAUACAAGCUGGGCAUUCCUAUGUCGGCAAGGAGGAGCUGAUAGGAAUAGCUGUGGUCUUGUUUGUCAUAUUCAUGUUGAUCAUCCUCUUCAUCAUCUUUCGUAAGAAAGUAUUCAGGAAGAACUAUUCCCGCAACAACAUCACACUUGUACAGGAUCCAGCUACUGCCGCCUUGCUCAACAAGAGUAACGGCAUCCAGUUCAAGAACAUGAGGAAUAGUGGAGACAGCAGAAAUAUAUACCAAGAGGUUGGGCCUCCACAGGUCCCGGUGAGGCCAAUGGCCUACACCCCAUGCUUCCAGAGCGACUCACGGAACAACUUGGACAAGAUAGUAGAUGGUCUUGGCGUGGAGCACCAGGAGAUGACAACGUUUCAUCCCGAGUCCCCUCGAAUUCUGACGGCCAGGCGGGGGGUGGUGGUGUGCAGCGUAGCUCCAAACUUACCUGCUGUGUCUCCCUGUCGCUCUGACUGUGACUCCAUCAGGAAGAGCACGUGGGAUACUGGGACAGAAAGAAGUAAUAAAGGCAGCAACUCCGAAGUACAGUCCCUCAGCUCCUUCCAGUCUGAUUCUGGUGAUGAUAAUGCUUCCAUAGUGACUGUCAUACAGCUUGUCAACAAUGUAGUUGACACUAUAGAAAAUGAAGUGUCUGUUAUGGAUCAAGGACAGAACUACAACAGAGCGUAUCAUUGGGAUACCUCUGACUGGAUGCCAAGUGCUCGCUUGUCCGACAUUGAGGAAGUGCCCAACUUUGAGACGGCAGAUGGAGGCUCGGCUCAUCACGGCAGUACCAGAGAGCUGGAAACAGAUUACUACCUUGGUGGCUACGACAUUGACAGUGACUACCCUCCCCCUCAUGAAGAGGAGUUUUUAAGCCAGGACCAGUUACCACCUCCUCUUCCAGAGGAUUACCCGGACCAAUAUGAAACCCUCCCACCCUCGCAGCCAGUCUCAAUGCCAAGUACACUCAGCCCUGAUUGCAGGCGACGGCCACACUUCCAUCCUAGCCAAUACCUCCCUCCUCACCAGUUCCCCAAUGAGACGGACACUGCAGGGUCUCAGACUGGGAAUGAAUUUAGUACUUUUGCUGUUGGCCCAAGCCAAAACACAGAAAACAUUAGUGCAGGUAAGUUGCCCUUAUCCUUGCACAACUCUCUAGAUGCCUCCUCCUCUGACGUCUCAGCCAGCUGCGGCUUUGAUGACUCUGAAGUAGCCAUGAGUGACUAUGAAAGUGUGGAGGAACUCAACCUAGAAAAUGUUCACAUUCCAUUUGUGGAGACCCAGCAUCAAACACAAGUGUAA